AUGGAAGUGCCAUCAAAUGUUUGCGAUGAAUUGAAGGCGAUUAUUGCGCGGAGCCUGAAGGGUGAAGACGUCUUUCACGAAAUGUUUGGACAUCGUUCACUGGUCUGUUCUGAGUGCAUUCGAUUGAAAGUUUUGGAGAAGCGGAAUGGCGAAGAGUGGCUUUGGUGGGAUCGCCCUCCACCGUGGUAUCGUGAAAAAGAGGUUGAAGAGGACAAACCAUCGACGUCAAGGUUGUCAAAACGGCAAGAAGUUGUAGGUCGAAGUAUCCCUGGAGACUUGACACCGGAACAAUACAUCGAAAAGCUCAUUCGCGAAAAGGGAAAUCAACAUACUGCCUCCGGUGUUAUUCGACGUGAGGCAGAGAAACUACUUGGGCUCACAAAGCCCGCAGCUCUUCUCAAAGUUAAAGAAUUGUUUAAAAAGAUUGCCGCAGAGAAAGAUGAUGUAGGCGAAGAGAAAAACGAUGAGCCGAAAGCUAUUAAAAAUAAAUUUGAACGUAAUGAAAUGCCAUAUGUUGCCAUUUUAUCACACCUCAACGAAACAGGCUCAGCGAAAUAUGGCGAUAAUUUGGAAGAGCUGAAGGCUUGGGAUAAGAAACUGGCACAGGAGCGUGGCGAAUUUCAAACGGAAGCACUUCCUCCACCUACCAUUUUUAAUUGGGUGCCCCCGUCAGCAAGAAAUUUUAUUAUGCAACGAUGGAAGCAACGCUUUUCAAAUUUGUACGCUUCAAACUUUGCCCAGAGCUUUUCGAAGGAGCCGAUUUUCCAGAUUUCUUUUGAUGAAAAUGGAUGCGAUGCUGCAAAAUCCGACUUGCCCACAAUCGAAAGCAUUGUCACACCGUCAACAGCCAAGAGAACUCUAGCUCGACCAUUGCUUCAAACAUUGGGUCCAUCCUGUCUCUCAUUGGAUAUUUUAAAAGAUCGUUUCGCUUUGCCAACGAUUUCAUUUAAAACAGAUGAACAGCUGGAGACAGAGCUUUGCCUUUCUUCAAAUACUUCAAUCAUCAUGGAGGCUUCGGCUAUUUUGGCUCUUUGCGCUAACGAAUGGAUGGGUUGUUACAGAGAUUAUGUAAUUCCUAUAAAAGUCUACAAUAAAUAUGGUGCGAAAGGAGUGCAAACUAUUCGUUAUGUUGGCCGUCCUCUUCCAAUAGGUGAAGUGUCUCGAACAGCGAUUACUCGAGUUUUCUACAAAUGGAUGGUGAAAUCAAAAGUGGCACGCGAUAAGAAAACGGCCUCAGUGGCCACGAGAAGGUCUCAGUAUAAGAAACAGAAGCAGAUCGCUUCGGAGCAAAAGGUAGAUUUUAAUCUUGAUCAAAGUAUGUGCGAUGAAGCUUCAAUAGCCUCACAAUCGGAUAGCAUCCAGGAGGAAAGAUUAAUUAUAGAGGAAUCAAAAAGCUUGGAAGAUGGAGAGGUUAAUGUAGAUGCUGAACUUGGGGGCUUUGCGCAUUCAACGCCGAUAACCAGCCCGAAAAAAUCAACGAUUUCGCCAAAUAAAGGUAAUGCUGGUGUUUUGGACCUUUUACUCGAUGAAGCAGCUACAAAAGUUAGUGGUUCUGCAUCUCAUAUCAAAGAGGCUGAAGCACAAUAUACAAAAAUUUGUUUUGGAAACGGUGCCAUGCCAAUUUUGGUUCGCUCUAGAGGCGGUGUUGUUGAAGAAGACGGUUCCUCGGCUACAUUUGAUGUGAAAGUCGACUAUGUCCCUGAAUCUGGCGCAAUGGCUUUGUCUGAUGAAGAGUUCGUUUAUCAUUACUUGAAGUCUCUUCUCAGUGGAACCAAUAAACAUGUCUUGUUCAGAAUUCAUCCAAAGAGUGCACUCAUUCUGCAAAUGGAAAACAUGUUUUUUGGAAAUCGCUCUUCAUGGCACCAUGACGACAGCAAAAUGAAGCUUGUUGGAAGCCGCACUCUGCAUAUGUGUCGUAUUAUUGAUGAAAUAAGCUCACUGACUCCAGGAGACUACUUGAUGGUCAAAGACGAACAAAGCCUGCAACUACUUCCAAGUUGCACCGCAGAUGAAAUUGGAAAAGAAAAUCUGAUUGAACUUCGUUCCAUGGAAAAUACAUUGCACAUGUUGGAUUGGAAGAACGUUGUAAUGAACAUUGAAGAUGUCUAUCAUGGACUCGACCCUCAUAAAGUUUUGCAGUGGCAAGUUAUAACGGGGCGUGCGCCAGCUACGUUUUUGCCCGGUGAUCACAAGCUGAAGCAUCUUUUACCAGCUGAAGGCAAGAAUAAAAGAAAAAAUUUUGAACCGGCUGGUCGAGGUGGUUCUUCGAGUGCAAAACGCGCAAGAGGCAGGGGGCCGCCCCAGAAAAAGCUC